CGGUCGGGCCAGAGCUGCGGCAGAGAGCCAGCCAGCCAGCCAGCCGGGCGGGCGAGCGAGCGAGCAGGCAGGCAGGCAGGCAGGCAAGGAGCGCAGCCAGCGGGGCAGGGGCGAAGCUGGUGGGCACCGUCGCAGGCACCGGCGGCGCGGGGGGGUCCCGCUGGCUUUGCCUUCUUGCUGACCGGCUCACUCUCGGCUGCUGCCUUCCCUUCCGCACUAUGCAUCGGAGCGCUCCGCUUGCGCCUCGCCGGGGGCCGCUGGCGCUACUCUCCGCACCUCGAGGGGCGUCGCGGGCCGUGCUGGCGGACUAGAGGCCAGCCCGGGGCAGCGCAGGAGCCGAGCCCGAGCCGGGCAGAGCAGGGCAGGGCAAGGGCAGCGGGCGCAGCCGGAGCAGCAAGGUUCGAGCAGCCGUCCCAUCCGUCCGCCCCUUCGGAGAAGUCCGCCAGCCGCGGGACGAGCCGCGAUGCUGGCCCUGGAGCUGCUGAGCCUGGCUUGGCUAGCCGGCGUGGUGGCGGGCCAGAACGAGACGGAGCCCAUCAUCCUGGAGGGCAAGUGUCUGGUGGUGUGCGACUCCAACCCGGCCUCCGAUCCGGCCGGCACGGCGCUGGGCAUCUCGGUGCGCUCGGGUAGCGCCAAGGUGGCCUUCUCGGCCAUCCGCAGCACCAACCACGAGCCGUCGGAGAUGAGCAACCGCACCAUGAUCAUUUACUUCGACCAGGUGCUGGUCAACAUUGGGCUCAACUUUGACUCUGAACGCAGCACUUUCAUCGCACCCCGAAAGGGCAUCUACAGCUUUAAUUUCCACGUGGUCAAGGUGUACAACAGGCAGACCAUCCAGGUGAGCUUAAUGCUCAACGGGUGGCCGGUGAUUUCUGCCUUUGCGGGGGACCAAGACGUCACACGGGAAGCUGCCAGCAACGGGGUCCUGAUCCAGAUGGAGAAAGGAGACCGUGCCUAUUUAAAACUGGAGCGAGGAAAUUUGAUGGGAGGCUGGAAGUAUUCCACUUUCUCAGGAUUUCUAGUUUUUCCUCUUUAAAUGACUCGCUGACUGAAGGAGGAGGAGGAGGAGGAGGAGGAGGAAGAAGAGAAGGCAGGGGACAAUUCAGCCAGAAGUAAGCUUGAGAUUUGCUUACUGAUUCCCACCCCUGAACUGAAGGAACUUGGAAAUUGCACAUGCCUGGAUAAGAUUUACCUAUUGCAGAAGUUUAAAACUCUGACUGAGGUCUUGUGCAAUUGCUUGGAAGAUCUCGGUAACAACCCGGACAGUCGUAGGGAGAUGCUCGCUGUGGACAUCCUUCAAUAACGUUGCUCUCUUUUCUUUGCAAACAGUAUUUGUGUCCUCUACAUUUAUCUGGUGAUGUUGUAUCCAUCAAUUCCUCACUUUCAGUGUGUCCUUUGACCUUUGCAAUCUUCCCGCUCCCCCAAUCUGGUUGUUUUUUUUUUUAACUUUUCAUGACCCUCGUACAAGGAAUCUGGGUUUGUUUUUACCUAUCUAUCUAUCUAUCUAUCUAUCUAUCCAUCCAUCUAUCUAUCUAUCUAUCUGUAUACAUAUUUUUUACUCUCUCCCUGAGUUUAAAGAAAAAAAAUAUUUUUGAAUAUAUGGUGCCAUGGUAAGCAGUGUAAUGCAAACCUUAAUGAGUGCUAGCAAGCAGGCAAGAAUAUAUGCACACACACACACACACACACACACACACACACAUGCAUGCAUAUAUACAUGUAUGUAUUUAUGUAUGUAUGUUAACUAUAAUGUAGGUAAAUUCCUUAACUAGUCUGCCCUAUUGCUGUGGAAAUUGGAGUGAAUGUGAAGUUUACCAACUGGUUGAUGGUUGGUUCUUUCUCCCUCUAGUUAACAUUUGGCUCAGCUGCAGAAAAUAGACCAAACCUUUGCUAAUUCAUCUCAAAGACAAAUUGCGACUAUUGACCAUUUCACCUCUUUUAAUGGCCUUUUCAUUUCAUCGUUUUUUUUUUCUCCCUUACAUGAAAAACCUGGCCCGGUUAAUGCAAUCAUAGUCAAACUUAGAAAGAAAGAAAAAAAUUACAAGAACGAAACUACAACAGGCCAGAAUGAAUGAAUACGUCAGCACGACACCACAGUGUGCGUUGGGAGUGCAGAAGACCCAGCCCAAGACUACAAAUUCUAGUUUCUUGGAAAGACUGAUUGAAACAAAGUGAAAAAGUUCAAGGACUAGCAGUGUAAAGACUUCCGUUUAACUGUGUUUGAUCUCUAGCUUUGUUCUGUCUCUUCCCAUUAUUUUAUGUGGUGUUUUUUUCAGGAAUGGGAGAGGAGGGAAUGGGUGGGGCGAGAGAAUCGGUCAAUCUUAGAGACUGUAUUUUCAAUUUGCAAAUAUUGCCGGAAUGAUUAAGUCUUGAAGUGGGGGAGGAUGAGGGAGAGUCCCCUUUCUUCCCUUGAAGCGGUCACAUCUGACAAAUUGACCUCUGUAUCCUGUAUUAUAGCAUAUAAUCUCUCCGUCAAAUCCCGUUUUCUACAGCUGUCUUAUUAAAAAAACGAGAAGAACAAGGAAAACCCCUUACGCGGUAGACCUAAAAUGCUAGUGUUCAUUAAUUGCUAGUAUUAUUUUUGUUUAAAGUAUCUCAAAGAUGUAAAUGCUAUAAUUUUGCAGCACUUUAGAGAAAAUAACUACUUUUAUUAUCCAGGUGCAGUUAAGAUAAAACACUUUGGAUUGUAUUCGAAUCAUCGUGUGAAAUAAAAAAACAACAACCGGUGGAAUAAAUAAAUAAAUAAACAAACAAACAAACUGACCUCGUGGAGGGGCGGGGAAGAGA